AUGUCUGGACGACGGCCCGGCAUUUCUCAGAAGCGUUUCUCUCACGACCGCUUCCAGCAGCUGCAGGACUCGGCCAUGGCAAACCCGCACGAUGCCACGAUCGAUAUCCCGCUGACCUCCGUGACCAGCAACACCGGAGCUCGAAACGACGCCUCCGGCAAAUACAUUCCUUCCAGCGAGUCGACUCCCGAACACCACGAGAAAAAACACCUCUUCCAUGGCCGCCGGGUCGUCAAUGCACAGUCUGGAGAGAAAAAUCAAGCUCCAGAAGAUGGCACAAUCACACGCAUGGGCAGAAUUUAUAGCAAAAUUUUGAACUUUUCCGUCGUGACCAGAUAUUUCAUUUAUGUGCUGCCAUUGGCCUUGCUCAUCGCUAUUCCCAUCAUUAUCGGAGCCACGGUCGCAACAGAAACAAGAAUUGGAGGCGUGGCUAUUGUGUGGUUUUUCACUUGGAUUGAGGUUGUCUGGCUGAGUUUGUGGGUUUCGAAGAUCGUUGCCCACUACAUUCCUUUCCUUUUCCAGUUUCUAUGCGGCAUUGUUAGCUCAGGUACAAGAAAAUAUGCUCUCAUUCUUCGAAACCUCGAAAUCCCUCUCUCGUUAGUUGGGUGGGCUGUGACAUCGUUGGCGACCUUCAUCCCGUUGAUGACCAGAAACCCCGAUAAUGUUGAACGGAAGGAUACCGGAAUCCAAAAGUGGCAGGAUGUGGUCAAGAACAUCUUGUUUGCUGCCUUCAUUUCCAGUUUGAUCCUAGUCGUGGAGAAACUCAUCAUCCAGUUGAUCUCAAUCAGCUAUCACCGCAAACAGUUUGACUCAAGGAUCCAGGAGUCCAAACAGAAUGUCCAAAUGGUCGCUAUACUCUAUGAUGCUUCUCGAAAAAUGUUCCCCGAAUACUGCAAGGAAUUCGAAACCGAAGACUACAUCAUUAAUGAUUCUAUUGUUGGUGUUCUUGGAAAAAAGGGCAAGGGAGGACACAGAAGAAAUGGCUCCGCUUCCCCAAUGCGUCUUAUUCAAAACGUCGGCCGGGUUGGAGACAAGAUUACGGCCGCGUUUGGCCAGGUUGCUCACGAGAUCACUGGAAAGCAGGUCUUUAACCCCACUGCCUCUCACUCGGUGGUCACAUUGGCUCUGGAGAAACGCUCAUCGUCUGAGGCGCUCGCAAGACGGCUCUGGAUGUCCUUUGUCCUCGCUGGGCGAGAAGCACUGUACAUCGACGAUCUUUAUGAUGUUUUUGGUCCUGAUCAUCAAAAUGAUGCGGAUGAAUGUUUUGCUAUUCUAGAUAAGGAUGGUAAUGGCGAUGUUAGUCUUGAUGAAAUGAUCCUCACCAUUGUCGAGUUUGGCAGAGCCAGACAGGCUAUCGCCAAGAGCAUGCACGACGUGGACCAGGCUAUUCAUGUUCUCGACAAUCUCCUCUGCACCAUCGUUUUUAUUUUGGUCGUCUUGGUGUUUGUGGCGUUCUUGAAUAAGGGAUUUGGCACCACGCUUGCCGCCGGAGCAACCGCGCUGUUGUCUCUUUCCUUCGUUUUUGCAGCAACCGCACAGGAGGUUUUGGGUUCUUGCAUUUUCUUGUUUGUGAAGCACCCUUACGAUGUCGGUGACCGAGUCGAUAUCAACACUACCCGUCUGAUUGUUGAGCGUAUUUCGUUACUCUUCACUGUCUUUAAAAAUGUCACCGACCACAAGAUCACCCAAGUCCCUAACAUCGUUCUCAACACCUGCUGGAUUGAGAAUAUUACGCGAUCCAAGGCUAUGAAAGAGAAGCUUAAGUUGACAGUCGACUUUGGAACUACCUUUGAGGAUAUCCAGUUGUUGAGACAGGAGAUGCAAAGAUUUGUUCUUGAAAAAGACAACUCCCGCGACUUCCAACCAGACGUUGACAUUGAAGUUACGGGCGUUGGAGACAUGGACAAGAUGGAAUUGACAAUCGAAAUCCGACACAAAUCCAACUGGGCCAACGAGACUGUUCGUGCUGCUCGUCGCUCGAAGUUCAUGUGUGCUCUUGUACUGGCACUCCGCAGAGUACCAAUUUACGCCCCUGGUGGUGGUGAUGCAGCCUUGGGAGACAUCGCUAAACCCACAUACUCCGUCGCCAUCUCGCAUGAGCAGGCUCAAGCGGGCAAGGACCAAUACGCCGCGGAAAAGGACGCCAAACGCAUGGUUCCCCUUACCGAAACAACGCCGCCAAAGUUCCCUCAGGCUCCACAGAAAGAAGAUACAGCCCAAACCACCGCCAUUGGCACCGUCUCCUCGUCCGGCCUGUCGUAUCGCAGCCCAACAGCUGGUAACAGCGAAGCCACGUUCGCGGAAGCGCUAAACCAGCGGCCAGCCGGGUUUGAUAGGACCCGAACCGAGACUGCUGUUCCGGUACUUAGCGCCAGUGAAGAAAAACCGUUGGCACGAGAGACCUCGAAGGGCGUACGGAACAAGAUCCCCUCGAGAACUGCGCUGUCUCCAAACACUCCUGCUGUGGAGAUUGUGAACCCAUUGGGCCAGCCUCCUGAGGAACACGGCACGUUCUACCAGCAGUCGCCCACGAGUCCUCAGCACCCAUACCGCCCGCCGUACGCCCAAACGCAGUCGAGCCAGACGAUGCAUUCGGGUGUGCAGGGUAGCCCGCCAUCUACAUAUCCAGCGCCCCCACCAGGACCGCCUCCCCAGGGCCCUUACCAGACAGGCCCAGGCCCGCGUCAGCAAGGACCGCCAGACCAGCAACGACGUCCGGCGCCAUGA